UCGCCCUUCAACUUUUUGCAGUUCUCCCUGGCUCCCUCGGCACGAAUUACGGCCUACCUGUUGCGGAAAGGCAGAUAUCAACUGCCUCCGCCGCCCACAAUGGCCCUCGUCAGUGUCGACACCACCCUCCAAGUGCCUGCCUCCGAUCCUAUUGAACAGCCCCCGGAUGUCAUUAUCACUCCCAGCGACCCAUGGCCGGCGCCAUACUACAUGGAAGGUGGCUUCCGCCGAGUUGCUCCAUACCACUACACGUACAACACGUAUUGUAAGGAGCGAUGGAGGGGUAGAACACUAGAAGACAUUUUCACCUCUGAGUUCCGAGACCGCAAACCAGAGUACUAUAGAAAAGCACUCGACUCUGGCCUCGUUGUUGUCAACGGACAGGUAGCCGGUCGGGACACCGUCAUCAAGAACGGUCAGGUUAUCUCGCACACUCUUCAUCGCCAUGAACCUGCAGUCACCUCCCUCCCAGUCGGUAUUAUACAUGAAGACGAGGACAUUAUAGUCAUUGACAAACCGGCUGGAGUCCCUGUUCACGCAGCCGGCCGAUAUAACUUCAACUCUGUCAUUGAAAUUCUUCGCUCAAUGCGUGGAAAUGGAUUUGUUCCUCGGCCCUGCAAUCGGCUUGAUCGAUUGACAUCCGGAAUCAUGUUUAUUGGAAAACAUCCCAAGGGCGCAGAGAAAAUGUCAAGACAGCUCCAGGAGCGCUCCGUGCAAAAAGAAUAUAUCGCUCGCGUUAAGGGGUAUUUCCCCGAUGGCGUCGUAGUCUGUGACCAGCCUAUUAUGCAAGUCAGUCCGAAGUUGGGGUUGAACCGUGUGCGAGCUACGGGCAAAGAGGCCACGACGAAAUUCCGUCGUCUGGCUUAUUACCCUCCAACUGAACCGGAAGUCUCUUCGGCUGUAGGCGAAGAUGGUCGCCCCGCAACUCCUCCACCGGUGCUCUCCAAUGAGACUGAGGGAUACAGUAUUGUUCACUGCUUCCCUCUUACCGGGCGUACCCACCAAAUUCGAGUUCACCUCCAGUUCCUGGGCCAUCCGAUUACCAACGACCCGAUCUACUCCAACCGUCGCGUUUUCGGACCAAACCUCGCCCGCCAUGAGGCCCAUGGAGAACGUGAUGAAGAGAUUAUGGAUCGACUGAACCACAUGGGCAAGACUGAACUUCCUGAUACAGUCUCAUACCGUACUCACCUGACUGCUGCGCCAAACCUCCCACCAGACACUGACCCGUCCAUCCUUGCGCAGAUCAUGUCUCGCGAGCAGGAAGCUGCCGCGGCAGACUACGAGAAACGCAAGGGAGAGCGACUAUCAGGUGAAGUAUGCGAUGUCUGCGGCACAGAGCUCUACUCAGACCCGGGCAUCCACGAGCUAGGUAUAUUCCUCCACGCAGUGGCCUAUGCUGACCGCGACGGUGAGUGGGGAUAUCGUAGUAAAAUGCCGAACUGGGGCUUGCCUCCCGCUGGAUUUGAGGGUCCUCUCGAUGCACCGGACUGGGUCCCUGCCGCCGAGGGCGAGGAAAUCAUUAUAGGGCAUGGGACUGUCCCACCUGAGAUCGGUGUAGAUGAUGAGGGGACUCCUCAGGGCCCCAAAUCUCCUAAUUCUGGUACUAUUCUUGUUCGGGGUGUUGGUCCUAUGAACAUUGAAGAAGCUUUUGCUCGCAUGAACCAACCUGUUUUCCAAGAGGGAUCUCAGUCGGCGUCAGCAUCGGCGUCAACACCGGCUUCUUGA